AUGUCAAGCGGUGCGGGAAGCGCGCCGCAUCCUGACGAGCUCGAGCCUGAGAGCACUGAGGGCUUCAGAGUGGGUGAGAAGAAGACUGUGGAAGAGUAUCAGAAGCUGGAUCAAAAUGACGAAUCCCUCCGCAAGUGGAAAGAAUCCCUAGGUAUAGGCUCUGGCACAUCGAUCUCUGACCCUAAGGACCCACGCAAGUGCAUCAUUCUCUCGCUCGGCUUAGAAGUUGAGGGCAGGUCUGACAUCGUCAUCGACCUCACCAAGCCUCGUGCCCUUGAGGAGUUGAACAAGCAUCCUUUCACCAUCAAGGAGGGCGCGACGUUCCGUAUGAAGGCUCGCUUCAAGGUCCAGCAUCAGAUCUUGAGCGGCAUGAAGUAUAUGCAAGUUGUCAGCCGAGGGCCGGUGAAGCAGAAGAUGCAGGAGAUGAUUGGAUCUUACUCGCCGAACACCACUGACAAGCCGGAGUACGAGAAGAAGUUCGAAACCGAGACAGCUCCCAGCGGCAUGCUAGGUAGAGGCCACUAUGAAGCAGUCUCCAAGUUCGUGGACGACGACAAACAGACUCACUUGCAGUUCAACUGGUCGUUUGACGUGAAGAAGGACUGGUAA